AUGGCAGCUGAGAAAGAAGCAACAUCACCCUACCCUUUGGUCCCGGCAAACGGCUACAUCCGGAGCGAUCAAGAAUCUGCAGUGACAGCAGACCCCGCAGAGCUCAAAACAAAGAGGCGCAUGAGGUGCCUAUUUUACGUUACUGUCUUUGCCGUGUUCCAAGUCAUAGUCAUAACAGUCUUUGCACUCACUGUUAUGAAAAUCAAAAGUCCAAAAUUCCGAGUUCGAUCGGCCUCCUUCAGUGACUUUGAGGUUGGCAACGGCACCAGCCCUUCAUUUAACUUGGACAUGGACGUUAAGUUUAGAGUGAAGAACACCAACUUUGGACACUUCAACUACGAAGAUGGCAUCGUCGAAUUUAAGUACAGAGGCACCAGAAUUGGGCAGGUGAAUGUGUACGAGGCCAGAGCCAGAGCUCGAUCGACCAGAAAGGUGGCGGACUCACUGAAGCUCACUUCAAAUGGCUUGUCUGCCAACUCUCAGUCUCAGUUGGCAAGUGAUAUUAGCUCUGGGAUAAUUCCAAUUACCUCCGCGUCUAAAUUGGAUGGGAAAAUACAUCUGAUGAAGGUGAUCAAGAAGAAGAAGUCUGCUCGUAUGAAUUGCACCAUGGAAAUUGUUCUUGCAACGCAGUCGGUCCAAAAUAUUGUCUGCAAGUGA